AUGGCGAUGGAGCGAGAUAAUGAAGUGAAGAAUGCCGGCAAGAAUGCAAUGAGUAGAGAAAGUGGAUGUACCUUACACGAGAUGAUGCAAUACAGUUGUAGAUUAUUGCCUGACGGUGUGAUCUGCAGACCUGUGGAACGAUUCUUUCGAAAAUGUCCUGGUCGUGCAGCUGUAGAAGUGACCCACGUCCUCAGCACAGAUCGUGUUGGAAACGUCUAUCUAUCCGAAUCGAUGGAAAAGGCCAUGCCACCUGCUCAGCAUUGGAAGGACAUACGAACGUAA